CACCUGUUAUUGUUCCUAGCGUUGUGAUUGGUUAUCAGAAACUCUGUGACGUUUCUUUCAAAGGAAGCACAAAAAGAGCUGUGAGAUUGAGAUUGAGAGAUCAUCGAAAGCAAAGCCAUGGACGCCAUUGAUUCCGUCGUGGAUCCUCUCAGAGACUUCGCUAAGGAUAGCAUUCGUCUCGUUAAGCGUUGUCACAAACCAGAUCGCAAAGAAUUCACGAAAGUUGCUGUUCGUACAGCGAUUGGGUUCGUUGUGAUGGGAUUCGUUGGCUUCUUUGUGAAGCUCAUCUUUAUUCCAAUCAACAACAUAAUCGUCGGUGCCACUUAGUUAUGUGAAUGAUGAUGAUUUUCCUAUUCAUCACAAUAGGAGCAAAGAACAAAAUGGGAGAAAGGCAAAAACUAGUUUUGAGAAAUGAAAGCUAGAGCUUUGCUGUUUUCAACAAUUCGCACGUUAUGUUUAUGUAAUCGUAUUCAUUUGUUUCUUUCUCUUUUUUUUUUCUUUCAUUUUGUUCACGACUGAAAAACUGGACUCAUCUUGAAUGUAGAUCAAACUAAUUUAGAAACUUGUGGCGGAGGA